GCCCCGGGGCGCCAUGGAGAACCACACCCUCAGCGUCCAGCAGAUCCAGCCCAAUGUCAUUUCCGUCCGCCUCUUCAAGCGCAGGGUGGGCGGCCUGGGCUUCCUGGUGAAGGAGCGCGUGAACAAGCCACCCGUGAUCAUCUCAGACCUGAUCCGUGGGGGCGCGGCCGAGCAGAGCGGCCUCAUCCAGGCCGGGGACAUCAUCCUGGCGGCCAACGGGCAGCCGCUGGUGGACCUGAGCUACGACAGCGCCCUGGAGGUGCUCAGGGGCAUCGCCUCCGAGACCCACGUGGUCCUCAUCCUGCGGGGCCCCGAGGGCUUCACCACGCACCUGGAGACCACUUUCACUGGCGACGGGACCCCCAAGACCAUCCGGGUGACCCGGCCCCUGGGCCCGGCCCCCACGGCGGCCGUUGAUCUGUCCUCGCAGCCCUCGGCUGGCACAGAGCAGCCCCUGGCCGGCGAUGGGGCCGAGGGGCCUGGCCACAGGCCCCCGCCCGCCCUCGACAAUGGCCAGGAGGCCGGCACCCUGUCCCACACCAACGGUCUGGCCCCCAGGCCCCCGGGCCAGGACCCUGCCCAGGCCGGGGCUGGGGUGGGCGUCCAGAGCGGCGGGGAGGACAACGAUCUGCUGACGGAGAUCCUGCCCGUACUGAGCCUACUCAGCAGCACGGAUGCCCACAAGGGGCCACCAGCCGCAGCAGGGACCAGGGACGCAGAAGUCCAGGUGGACAGGGAUCUGGACACCAAGGCCCGUAGGCCCCUGCCCCUGAGCGUGAACAACGACCGCGUCUUCAACGACCUCUGGGGCAAGGACAGCGCGCCCGUGGUCCUCAACAACCCGUACUCGGAGAAGGAGCAGCCCCCCGCGUCGGGGAAACAGUCCCCCACCAAGAAUGGCAGCCCCACCAAGUGCCCCCGCUUCCUCAAGGUCAAGAACUGGGAGACGGACGUGGUCCUCACCGACACCCUGCACCUGAAAAGUACAGUGGAGACGGGCUGCAGCGAGCACAUCUGCAUGGGCUCCGUCAUGCUCCCGUCCCAGCAAGUCCGCAGGCCCGAGGACGUCCGCACCAAAGCACAGCUCUUCCCCCUGGCCAAGGAGUUCAUCGACCAGUACUACUCGUCCAUUAAGAGGUUUGGCUCCAAGGCCCACAUGGAGCGGCUGGAGGAGGUGAACAAGGAGAUCCACACAACCAGCACCUACCAGCUGAAGGACACGGAGCUCAUCUAUGGAGCCAAGCAUGCCUGGCGGAACGCGGCCCGCUGUGUGGGCAGGAUCCAGUGGUCCAAGCUGCAGGUGUUCGAUGCCCGCGACUGCACCACGGCCCACGGCAUGUUCAACUACAUCUGCAACCACAUCAAGUACGCCACCAACAAAGGGAACCUCAGGUCUGCCAUCACCAUCUUCCCCCAGAGGACUGACGGCAAGCAUGACUUCCGCGUCUGGAACUCCCAGCUCAUCCGCUACGCGGGCUACAAGCAGCCCGACAGCUCCAUCCUGGGGGACCCGGCCAGUGUGGAGCUCACUGAGAUCUGCAUGCAGCAAGGCUGGAAACCGCCUCGUGGCCGCUUCGACGUCCUGCCGCUCCUGCUCCAGGCCAAUGGCAACGACCCCGAGCUCUUCCAGAUUCCGCCAGAGCUGGUCUUGGAAGUGCCCAUCAGGCACCCCAAGUUUGACUGGUUCCAGGAGCUGGGGCUGAAGUGGUAUGGGCUCCCCGCCGUGUCCAACAUGCUGCUGGAGAUCGGCGGCCUGGAGUUCAGCGCCUGCCCGUUCAGUGGCUGGUACAUGGGCACGGAGAUCGGCGUGCGGGACUACUGUGACAGCUCCCGCUACAACAUCCUGGAGGAAGUGGCCAAGAAGAUGAAUUUGGACAUGCGGAAGACGUCCUCGCUGUGGAAGGACCAGGCACUGGUGGAGAUCAACAUCGCGGUUCUCUACAGCUUCCAGAGUGACAAAGUGACCAUCGUGGACCACCACUCAGCCACCGAGUCUUUCAUCAAGCACAUGGAGAAUGAGUACCGCUGCCGGGGGGGCUGCCCGGCCGACUGGGUGUGGAUCGUGCCCCCCAUGUCCGGCAGUAUCACCCCCGUCUUCCACCAGGAGAUGCUCAACUACCGGCUCACGCCCUCCUUCGAGUACCAGCCUGACCCUUGGAACACCCACGUCUGGAAAGGCACCAACGGGACCCCCACCAAGCGGCGCGCCAUUGGCUUUAAGAAGCUGGCGGAAGCCGUCAAGUUCUCGGCCAAACUGAUGGGACAGGCGAUGGCCAAGCGGGUCAAGGCCACCAUCCUUUAUGCCACAGAGACGGGCAAGUCUCAGGCCUAUGCCAAGACCUUGUGUGAGAUCUUCAAACACGCCUUUGAUGCCAAGGUCAUGUCCAUGGAGGAGUAUGACAUCGUGCACCUGGAACACGAAACGCUGGUCUUGGUGGUCACCAGCACCUUCGGCAACGGAGACCCCCCUGAGAAUGGGGAGAAAUUCGGCUGCGCUCUGAUGGAGAUGAGACACCCCAACUCUGUGCAUGAGGAAAGGAAGAGCUACAAGGUCCGCUUCAACAGCGUGUCCUCAUACUCUGACUCCCGGAAGUCGUCGGGCGACGGGGCCGAGCUCAGAGACAACUUUGAGAGCACUGGCCCGCUGGCCAAUGUGAGGUUCUCCGUGUUCGGCCUGGGCUCCAGGGCCUACCCGCACUUCUGCGCCUUCGGCCACGCCGUGGACACGCUGCUGGAGGAGCUGGGCGGGGAACGGAUCCUGAAGAUGCGGGAGGGUGACGAGCUGUGCGGGCAGGAGGAGGCCUUCAGGACCUGGGCCAAGAAGGUCUUCAAGGCAGCCUGUGAUGUGUUCUGUGUGGGUGACGACGUGAACAUCGAGAAAGCCAACAACUCCCUCAUCAGCAAUGACCGCAGCUGGAAAAGAAACAAGUUCCGCCUCACCUAUGUGGCUGAAGCUCCGGAACUGACCCAAGGUCUGUCCGGCGCCCACAAGAAGUGGGUCUCAGCUGCUCGAGUGCUCAGCCGUCAGAACCUCCAGAGUGCCCAGUCCAGCCGCUCCACCAUCUUCGUGCGUCUCCACACCAACGGGAACCCCGAGCUGCAGUACCAGCCCGGAGACCACCUGGGCGUCUUCCCGGGCAACCACGACGACCUGGUGUCCGCCCUCAUCGCGCGGCUGGAGGACGCGCCGCCACCCGACCAGCUGCUGAAGGUGGAGCUGCUGGAGGAGCGGAACACGGCGCUAGGAGUCAUCAGCAACUGGACGGACGAGGCCCGCCUCCCACCCUGCACCAUCUUCCAGGCCUUCAAGUACUACCUGGACAUCACCACGCCACCCACGCCACUGCAGCUACAGCAGUUCGCCUCCCUGGCCACCAGUGAGAGCGAGAAGCAGCGGCUGCUGGUCCUCAGCAAGGGCCUGCAGGAGUACGAGGAGUGGAAGUGGGGCAAGAACCCCACGGUGGUGGAGGCGCUGGAGGAGUUCCCGUCCGUGCAGAUGCCCGCCACGCUGCUGCUCACACAGCUGUCCCUGCUGCAGCCGCGCUACUACUCCAUCAGCUCGUCCCCGGACAUGUACCCCGACGAGGUGCACCUCACCGUGGCCGUGCUCUCCUACCGCACCCGAGAUGGACAAGGCCCCGUCCACCAUGGCGUGUGCUCCUCCUGGCUCAAUCGCAUCCCACCUGGCGAGAGCGUGCCCUGCUUCGUGCGCGGGGCGCCCAGCUUCCGCCUGCCCCGGAACCCCCACGCGCCCUGCAUCCUGGUGGGCCCCGGCACCGGCGUCGCCCCAUUCCGGAGUUUCUGGCAGCAGCGACAGUUUGACAUCCAGCACAAAGGCCUGAGCCCCUGCCCCAUGGUCCUGGUCUUCGGGUGCCGGCAGUCCGAGAUGGACCACAUCUACAAGGAGGAGGCCCUGCAGGCCAAGGGCAAGGGCGUCUUCCGAGAGCUGUACACCGCCUACUCCCGGGAGCCCGACAGGCCCAAGAAAUACGUGCAGGACAUCCUGCAGGAGCAGCUGGCCGAGCCCGUGUACCGCGCGCUCAAGGAGCAGGGGGGCCACAUCUACGUGUGCGGGGACGUCACCAUGGCGGCGGACGUGCUCAAGGCCGUGCAGCGCAUCCUGGCCCAGCAGGGCCGGCUCUCGGCCGAGGACGCCGGCGUGUUUGUCAGCCGCCUGCGGGAUGACAACCGAUACCACGAGGAUAUUUUUGGGGUCACCCUGCGAACGUACGAAGUGACCAACCGCCUUAGAUCUGAAUCCAUUGCCUUCAUUGAGGAAAGCAAAAAGGACACUGACGAGGUGUUCAGUUCCUAACUGGACCCUCCCGCGGCUGAGCUGGGAGGAGGCCCCACGCCGAGAGGACCAUGUGGGUUUUGUAAGUGCGGACGCUACUGGACCUUUCCUCGGGCCC